GUUCGCACAUGCUCGUCCUGAGCUAUGAAUUACUCGUGCGAACAGCCAGAAAGGUGAGGAAGACAACAAUAUCUGAGCUCAGUGUGCGGAUAUAAACGGCGUCCACCGGCACUAACGCGACUUUAGGACUUUUGCCUCCUCUAUAAAAGCGACAGGAACUGGUCAAAUGAGACGAGCGCGUGUCUGACGUUUGUUUACAUCCACUCGCGUUAUUCCUGCGCGCGUUGCUUUUAACUUUUCGUGUUCGCAGACGGUUCGUGGUCGAUCUUUUGCUCGACUUUUACGCCUGUCAUGAGCGAAGGCGGUGUUUUCCGUCAGUGAGAUGGGAUUUACCGGUGCGAGCGAAGUGUCGUGGACGUGGACGUGUUUUUAACUGGAAAAUCAGCCUCCUGAACCCACUGCUUAGUUUGUUUUAAUGAUCCAUGGAGUCCGUUGGGAAGUUUGAGUUCAACAGGAAGGACCUGGUUGGACACGGUGCCUUUGCAGUUGUGUUUAAAGGCAGACAUAAAGAGAGACGUGACUGGGAAGUUGCAGUGAAGUGCAUCAGCAAGAAGAAUUUGGCCAAAACACAGUCUCUUCUUAGUAAAGAAAUCAAAAUAUUAAAGGAGCUCAGGCAUGGGAAUAUCGUCCGACUGCUUGACUAUCAGGAAAUGGGCGGAUGCGUGUAUCUCGUCAUGGAGUACUGCAACGGCGGUGACCUGGCAGAGUACCUCCACUCUAAGGGCACGUUGAGCGAGGACACCAUCCGCGUUUUCCUGCAGCAGAUGGCUCAGGCCAUGAAGGUGCUGCAGAGCAAAGGCAUCCUCCACAGAGACCUCAAGCCGCAGAACAUCCUGCUGUGCCACCCGGAGGGCCGCAGGUCCACCUCCUCCGGGACCUGCAUUAAAAUAGCCGACUUCGGCUUCGCGCGCCACCUGCAGACGAACGCGAUGGCGGCCACGCUGUGUGGCUCUCCCAUGUACAUGGCUCCGGAGGUCAUCAUGUCGCAGAACUACGACGCCAAGGCCGACCUGUGGAGCAUAGGCACCAUAGUGUACCAGUGUCUGACAGGAAAGGCGCCAUUUCACGCCAGCACUCCACAAGAACUGCGUCUGUUUUAUGAAAGCAACAGAAGCCUGUUACCCAGCAUCCCAAAGGAGACAUCCAGCAACCUCAGACACCUACUGUUGGGCCUGCUGCAGAGAAAUCACAAACAACGGAUCAGCUUCGAUGAGUUUUUCCACCAUCCGUUCUUGGAGACAAGCUCAGCCACAAAGAAAUGCUCUCCGGCUCCCAUGCUCCACUACCCUGGCUCGGCUCUGGCCAGUUCUACCAACUCGUCCACAUCCCAUCUGGCCUUCCCUCAACAUUCCGAGGGAGAGAUGCACCGGACCAAAGUGCAGCUCUCUCCUGCACAGGACACGCUGGGCGUGCAGCUAGACGAAGCAACCACCAAUCAAGACGGUAGGAACACCUCAUCUUACGCGGAAGACUAUGUCAUGGUGCCUGCCCAGUUUCCCAGCGAGUACACAUGUGAGCUGGAUGUUGAGUCGCCUAUUGAAAGUUGCCUCAUAUACAGUGGGAGCCCAGCAGCUGCUCAGAGGGGUCUCAGGCCUACAGAAAAGACACAUCUUCUGCCCCCUGUGAGAAAGCCUGCAGAGUUCAUCGGGCCUAACUGCAGCCACACGGUGCCCAUUCCCGUCCCAACUCAGGUCCAGAACUACCAGCGUAUGGAACAGAACCUGCCACCUGUUGGCCUGCACGGCUCAACCAGGGUCACACUGUGCUGUGCCGGCAGCAGCAGUGACGGUUCGCCACAGUGUGGAAGCUGUAGGGCUUCAGGGUCGGGACACGUCCUGAGCUCUCGAGGCCGGGCAACUGGAGGGGCCUUACCACAACAGUCCUCCCCGUUAGUGGGAACUACACCCAAGACCGGGGAGCAGACUCUACCACUCAGCACAAAAACGGGCCUGUUCUCUGGCUCUGCUAACAAGCAGGAUGCCUCCAGCGUCAAGCAGAUUCAAUCAAGAAUGCCUAACCGAACCAGGACGGUGCCAAACCUGCAGUCCCUCGACCGACCUCCUGUAUCCCAGAUUAUCCCCAGCAGGAAAUCCGCCAAUAGAAGGGGCCCAUUUAAAAGGUCACUGAGCACAGGCAGACUAUCUGACAUGCUGCUCAAGGCGACGUUUGGAGCUCAGCUUGUGGGCGAAGGAGGAGAUGGUAGCCUUAACUGUGAGAAAAGCAUGGAUGUAGCAGCGCCACCUACUGGUGGCUUUCAUUUCUCAGACAGCCCACCUCCUGCUGUCUUCGUAAUGGGUUCUCCAUCUAAAGGAAUCAGUCCUCCUGAUAACAUGGCAUCAAGGAUGGUGUCGGGCUCCCCCAGCUACAUUAACGCCGCCUGGUUACUUAACUGUGGCUUAAUGCCUGGAGGAAGCCGAAGAAACAGUGAGACCGAAUUCAUGGAUGCUACUCCACACAGCAGUCUAGUCUUUAACCCUCCAGAGCUCCCUGAGGAUACACUGAUGGAGCAGGCACAUACUGAUGCUCUAAGUGACCUGCGCUUCACCUUGGCUUUUGUCCACUGUAUCAUGGAACUGACUUCCUCUAAGGACCUGGGACUAGAUCCCCUGAGCAGUGCAGAUGUUUCCUUUCUAGAGCAGAGCUUGGUGACAGAUCAGAUCAGCCUUCUGAGUAAAGAAUGGAGCUAUGCAGAGCAAUUAGUGUUGUACAUGAAAGCUGAAGAGUUCCUUGCAUCAGCGCUGCACACCUCUAAAGAAAAUAUCACACAAGGGCGACUCCUUCCAUCGGCUACAGUCAAACAAGUGAUCAGACAGCUGAAUGACAUGUACAAGAACUGCGUGACCUACUGUCGUUGCCUCAGUGAUCGACUGCAGACCUUCUUGAUUGACAAACAGAGGCUCAUGGAUCGAUUCAAUGGACUUACAGCUGAAAAGCUCAUCUACAGCCACACGGUGCACAUGGUGCAGUCUGCUGCUUUGGAUGAGAUGUUCCAGCAUGGCACAGCAUCGGUUCAGCGCUAUCAUAAAGCCCUUCUGCUGAUGGAGGGCCUGUCUCGACUCCUCACCGAGCAAAAAGACAUUGAAAGCAUAGAUAAAUGUAAGCAGUGUAUUGAGCGACGUCUUUCUGCUUUGCAGACCUAACAACAACAGUGUGUUACAGCUACAGCCACAGAACCUGCAUUAUCUUGCCUCAGUCAUCUCCCCUCUGUGUAGAUGGAUCUUCUUAGAUUGUCAAAAGACACAUGCACUUUGAUGUUUCUUAAGGGAAACGACCAUUUGAGCAUCUGCUCUUAUUCUGCUAUCUAACAGAAAUGCACAGAAAUGAGUACUAUUCUCUUUUUUAUGUUCUUUAACAAAGCUUGAGUCAUGACUGUUUGAAUAUUUUGAUCAGGUACAAUAAAUAUACAUAGUUUUAGUUGAGUUUUGUUUUGUUACAGAAAGUAUAUGUCAAUAUGAUUUUAUAUGUUUUGCACUUAUCAUCUGACGAAAUAAUUGAUUUUGAAUGUGAUGUACUUGAAAAUUUGAAAUGUAUGUGUACAGUAAAUGUUGAACCGGUACCUGAAUAAUUUGGAUGAGAUGACCAAAUAUUGCUGAUGAAAAGCUGUUCUCUGACACUGUGCCUGCCUUGUUUGUCUUUGUUGAGGUAGAAUAUCUAAUUGAGAAUGAGUUCAGUACUUCAGGUGAUAUUAACCACUUACAACAAUAUUUCAAAGGUUUAUGUGCAUUUUUGUUUGAUUGUUUUUUAGUUGUGCUAAUGUAGGUUGUAGAAGUGAUUUUUGGAUCAAUGUAAAGAACUUGCUCAUUUGUGAAUGACUUUGCACAUUUUUCUUGUUUAUGAUAAUUGCCUAGACUAGAGUUUAGAAUAGAAUUCAUCCAGUUGCUCUUUUUUACUUUUAUGAAUGCCAGUAAAUUUGCCUAUAUAAAUACUUACACAUUAUAUGGUGAAAAUAAAGAGUAUUUAUUCUUAGAA